AACCUCUUUAGGGACAGCAGGAUGGGGGACAGGUUGUGGACAGUGGGCCUUCUUGUCAUUCUCACGCUGGGAUGGACUGAAGCGCAGAGUCAGAGCAACUUCUCCAGGCCCGUCUUCCUCUGCGGGGGCCACCUGGUCACCGACUCCGGCGUGGUGGCCAGCGAAGGGUUCCCCAACCCCUACAAGCCCAACAGCAGAUGCACCUGGUACAUCACCGUCCCGGAGGGUCACGUGGUGAUGCUGUCCUUCCGCCUCUUCGACAUGGAGGCCGACCCCACCUGUCGCUACGACUACCUGGACGUCUACAACGGCCACACCCGCCUGGUGCAGAAGCUGGGGCGCUUCUGCGGGACGUUCCGGCCGGGCGCCGUCAUCGCCACCUCCAACACCAUGAUGCUGGAGAUGGUGUCGGACGAGGGCACCGGAGGGAGGGGCUUCAUCGCCGCCUUCAGCGCCGGGAAGCCCCACGUGGAAGAGCACCAGUUCUGUGGAGGACGUCUGACUAAAGCGCAGGGCUCCGUGAAGACGCCCAACUGGCCCAACUCCAACUACCCAGCAGGCAUCAGCUGCUCCUGGCACAUCUCCGUAGAACCAAGCAACGUGAUCGAGGUGAAGUUUGUGAAGCUGGACUUGGAGGCCGACACGUACUGCCGCUACGACUACGUGGCGUUGUUUAACGGGGGAGAGCGGGACAACUCGCGGCGGAUUGGCAGAUUCUGCGGCGACAGGUCACCAGGAACCAUAGUGACAAAUGGGAACGAGCUCCUUGUCCAGUUCGUCUCCGACCUAAGCGUGACCUCCGAUGGCUUCAUGGCCCACUACUCCAGCGUGCCCCGGGGGUCCCGGGCGCCCACGGCCGGGGGGGACUUCAUCUACGGGCCUCAGACGACCUCAGUGCCGGAACGAGCGGUCGCGAAGCCCAACAAACCCACCAGACCGACCCCUAGACCACGGCCGGGCUCCAAACCCAUGCCGAAACCGCCCAAAAAACCACCGGUGAAGACGCCGGCGAAGCCUCUGCCGCGCAAGCCCGUCGUCAAGCCCUCGCCGAAACCCAAGCCAGCUCGACCGACCCCCAAAGCGCCCGUGAAAAAGCCUGCACCUAAACCUGGGUUCAAGCCGAGAGCCAAGCCCACGCCCAAGCCCAAGAUGAUUAAGCCCACGCGAAAACCAGUCAUCAAAGCCAAACCCACACGAAAGCCCGCGCUCAAGACCAAGCCCGCCGCAAAACCCGCCGUCAAGCCAGCGAAGCCAACCGUUAAGAGCAGAGUUAAACCUGCAGUCAAACCGAAGAUUAAGCCUAAAGGAACCGUUAAACCUGGAGUGACCAAGACCGUCACAAAGAAGCCUCUCGUGAGAAGCAAACCUUUACCUCUGAACCCGCUGUGCACACAACCCUGCAAGAGGACCGGAACUCUCCAAUCGAGCUUCUGCCCCAACGACUUUGUGAUUACAGGUAAGGUGACCUCUUUGACAUCUGGUCCAAGAGGCUCGGCAACAGCGGAGGUGUCCGUCAUCAAGGCGUAUAAGGCGGGAGGACUGAACAUCGCCAAAUCGGGGCCCAUCAUGUCGGUCACGCUGUCCUCCACCUGCAAGAGAUGCCCCGGACUCAUCAAAGGUCGCAACUACGUGCUGAUGGGAAAAGUCGACGCACAGGGCAACGGGCUCCUCAGCCCCUCCAGCUUCUCCCUCCUCUACCAGCCCGUCCACGGCAAAGCUCUCGCCAACCUCGCGCGCAAACCCUGCUGACCGAUCGGCCCGGACUGACCGUCUCAUAACUUAACUGGGACGUAAAAAGUGAGAAUAUUAUUGAGUCAUGGUCAACGCUUGUUUUUUUUGUUGUUGUUGUUUUUUUACACAACGGAAUGCUUUCGUAAAACAUUGUGGGGAAAAAAAAAAGCAUACAUAGUUAAGAAUAAUGUUUUGUAUUUUAGUAUGUAAAUUAUAAUAAGUCUGUGACAAAAGCUGCAGAUCCAUUAAACAUGUGAUUCUAGGGCUGGUUUACACUCGGUGAUUGGGAAGCGGAGCAAGAACAUUUAAAGAGCCUUAAUGUCACCCUGCACAAAUUAGAGGAGCUGUGUGUGUGAGGCGUGAGAAACGGGUUAUUUACUUGGUAAUCAGAAAUACAAUGUUUCCCUAAUUCAUUGUGCCCAUUCCCAAAAAGUAUACAAUUCGAGUAUAUUUAACCCCAAUAAUACAAAAAGGAAAUACCCUGUUAACUCCUCAUCUAUUUGAAAUGUAUCUCAGGUGACUCCCAUCAUCUUUGAGAUGUUUGUACACCCUGAUUGGACUUCAGCUGUAGGAAAUCUAGUUAAUUGGACAUGAUUUGAAAAGGAACACCCAGGGAAAGGUCUCACAGACGUGUAUUUUUCCCAACUUUGAACAUCAUUUGAUAGCUCUAGGUAAGAAAUAGAAGAUAAGACUAAGGUUGGUAAAUUGUGUGUCGAUUACGGUUUUAAUCCGUUUGUCCCACUCUCUGUAUGCAGACGACAUCUAGUGGCUUGUUGGUAUCAUUGCAGUGCAUGAAAAGCAAAAGCUUCGAUUCGGAGUCCUCACUAAAUAGCAAUGAGCAAAUAGCUGUUUAUUCAGCCAAGUAUUUAGAUAAUUGAAAUACUGUAUUUAAGUACAAUUUUGAGGUGCUUUCUUUGAGUGUCGCUUUGAUGCGACACAAUACACAUUGCAGUAAAACUUUGAUAAAGAUAAUACUGUACUGCAUUACAUUUAUUUCAUAGGCAAUUUAGAUAAUAAAAAGAAUAAAUUCACUAAUACAUUCACUGGUAUUUUAUUAUUACCUCGUAGCAUGCAAAGUGGUCUUUAGUUCUCAUGUGGUGCUUGUGCUGAGGCAGCAUGACACACUGAUACAACAGAAAGCCGCAACGUCCUGAAACCCCCAGCGCUUUCGACACCUUGUGACUUUACACAAUGAGCCGAGACUUUAUUCUGAACGGAAUUGAGACAUCUGACAUGAUGAAAUGCAGUCAUGAAAAGUUAGGACAUAUAAAGUGUUCUGCUGCGUUUAUCUAAGUAAAAUAGAAUAUGUCUGGAAUAAAAUGAAUUGCUGUGACGCUGGUGCUUGUGGU